CUGCGCAUGCGUGGUCUAUGUGAGAGCAGACACGUUCCAGACCGGCUCCACCCGGGGAACGCAGCUGGAUUUCCAACGAUGUGGCUGCUCGGUGUUGCUAUUUUCCUGCUUCGGUUCGGUUCUGCUGGGUCCAUGACACCAGGUCUGAACAUCACUGCUGGACCUGGAGAUGACGUCACUCUGACAUGUGGAGACACGGACAUCAUGAAGAAUCCAACCUUUGAGUGGAACAGAAUUGACCUGGAGGAGGAAGAACGUGUGAUAACAUACAGGAGUGGUGGUGUUGAUCUAGACGGUCAGCAUGAAUCUUUCAAGAACCGAGUGUUUCUGAAGGACCGUCAGAUGAAGGAUGGAGAUCUGUCUGUGGUUCUGAAGAACGUGACCAUGAAUGACACUGGAACAUAUGAGUGUAGAGUUCUACAACACAAUGGUUCACACAGAGAAAUGAAGACGAUCUGCAUCAUCCAUCUGUCCGUGGAUCCUCCAGGUGGCCCGUCUCCAGGUGAUCCGUCUCCAGGUGGCCCGUCUCCAGGUGGCCCGUCUCCAGGUGGCCCGUCUCCAGGUGGCCCGUCUCCAGGUGGCCCGUCUCCAGGUCACCCGUCUCCAGGUGAUCCGUCUCCAGGUGGCCCGUCUCCAGGUGGCCCGUCUCCAGGUGGCCCGUCUCCAGGUCACCCGUCUCCAGGUCACCCGUCUCCAGGUGAUCCGUCUCCAGGUGGCCCGUCUCCAGGUGGCCCGUCUCCAGGUCACCCGUCUCCAGGUGAUCCGUCUCCAGGUGACCCGUCUCUAGGUGACCCGUCUCAGGGUGACCCGUCUCCAAGUGACCCGUCUCUAGGUGACCCGUCUCAGGGUGACCCGUCUCCAGGUGACCCGUCUCCAGGUGACCCGUCUCCAGGUGACCCGUCUCCAGGUGACCCGUCUCCAGGUGAUCCGUCUCAGGGUGACCCGUCUCCAGGUGACCCGUCUCCAGGUGGCCCGUCUCCAGGAGAACAAGGAGGACUGGAAGGAAGAGAGGAGGGAGGAGACAAGAAAGGAGGCAGUCGUGGUCGUCUUGGCCUGAUCAUUCUUGCUGCUGCUGUCGUUCUUGUUGUUGUUCUCUGGAUCUCCAAGAAGAAAAAAGGUCCAAACCAAAGUUCCAGUGGUUCCAACAACCAGCAGGACAUUGAAUUUGGUCGUCUAAACUCAGAUUCUGAUGCAGAGAGAAACAACAAACACAGAUCAGCCUCAUCUGGAUGAAGUGGGACGGAUGUUCAGAGGUUCUUCUCUGAGAAAAGAUGAAGAAGACGAGGAUGAAGAUGCUGGUCUGUCUAUAUUUCUGUUCACUUCUGCAGUCUGGUGCCUUUUUUCAGUUCAGUUUUGCCAAAUGUGGGUAAAUCUUUGAUGGUGAUCAGAUCUUUGUUUUCAUUCUCUGAUCCUGGACGUAUUUUUCUACAAAGGUUUGAACGUUGAGAGUUUAAACCAGAGAGAAAGGUGUGAAAAUGUUCCUCAGUGUCUUCCUCAUGGUAGAACACCAGAGACUGAAACCAGAACCAAAAGCCUUCCAGCUGGGUUUGGGUCUGAACCACCCAGAGGUUCCAGAGUCCAGCUGGUUCUGCAGCUGGACUCUGGAAGAACAAAUGUCUCACAGGAGACUGAAACUGUUCCAUUCCAGUCUGGACGGUUGUAGAUCUGUCUAUAAGCUCUGCAGGAAUCUCUGGAUCCUACAGACUCCAUUGGUGCUUUGGUCCAAACCAGCAGAACCUUCUCUCUAAACCAACAGAACCUUCUCUCUAAACCAAGUCUCCUCUUUGACUGAAACAUGCCAGCAUUAAGGGAUGCCAAUCAUCCAGAUAAGCUCCGCCCCCAGACGGCGCCAUGGUUAACUGCACACAGCUGUUGAUUUAUUGAUGCAGACUUUUAACUAAAGUUAAUCAUGGCGUCUCUGUAGCACAGACCCCCCCCCAUCUCUGUAAUGAACUGUUUUUUUAACUCUAAGCUUUGAUUCAGUCUUUCUGUUUUUCCUGUUUUUCACACUGUGAAGGCCUUUUUCUUUGUUCCUGAAAUGAUUGUUUGUUCCAUUAAAUGUGAGGAAAGUGUUUCCUUAUUUACUGUGAUAUAAAGUGUUUAAAGGAAACACAAGAAGAAACGGUUCAUGGAAGUUUCUGCACUUUUACUGUUCAUGUAUUGAUCAUGAGGAGCAUCAAUGAUUAGACUUUGAAACAGAACAUACUCCUUAAAUGUGAUCAGAAGCCAUUGUGAAGAUUUAAAUCAUAAUGCAAAUGUAUUUUCUGAAAGGUGCAAAUUGUUUUUCACACUGAAAUAUUUAUUUUGUGGAAAUAAAACUGCCAGAAGAUCAGAA